UCGACUAGGUUCCAAAGACCAAAUACCCAGCGUUGAAUACUUGGGGCGCAUGCGGCAACUUUCUCUUAGCUCUCGCGAGAUUUCGUCUUCCCGGAAGCGGUGAACAUCGUUCCCUGUUAACAGCGUCGCGAUGUGUGGUGACUGUGUGGAGAAGGAAUAUCCCAACCGGGGCAACACCUGCCUAGAGAAUGGAUCUUUCUUGCUGAACUUUACAGGCUGUGCAGUGUGCAGUAAGCGGGAUUUUAUGCUGAUCACAAACAAAUCCUCAAAAGAAGAAGAUGGAGAAGAAAUAGUAACCUAUGAUCAUCUGUGUAAGAAUUGUCAUCAUGUAAUAGCCAGGCAUGAGUAUACCUUCAGUAUCAUGGAUGAAUUUCAGGAGUAUACCAUGCUGUGUCUGUUAUGUGGCAAAGCCGAAGAUACCAUCAGUAUUCUCCCUGAUGACCCCCGACAAAUGACUCUGUUAUUCUAAGGACCCUUGUAAUUAAGAAUUCUUCUGUGGAUCUAAUAGAAUAAAGACCUCUUGAACCCAG